CGCAGGCCCGAAAAAAUAUCUGGGGAAAUAUCCGACGAGCCAGAAAUGCUCAACUAAAGGGGUACAUUUUUUGCCUCGAUUCAAUAACCACGAUUUUCUACUCCGCUACUUCGCAUUUAUAUCUACCGUCACUAUCUAACACACUACGAUCCCCGACAACUGGUUUGGGUCAAUGGACGAUCCUGCGCUCGCGUCGCUGUCGCUGACACAUGUUCGAUAUAACCCCAAUGAUCCUAUAUCGUAUGCUUCGGCAUGGCUGGCGCUCGUUCCCCAGGGACUCUGCGUCGUUUAUGUGUCCCUCAUAUGGGCGUCCCGUGAGGUGGAAAUCUUUCUAAUGUUUGCUGGACAAAUGGCUUGCGAGGGUCUCAAUUUUGGCUUGAAGAGGCUUAUUCGAGAAGAACGUCCUCAACGUAUGCGGCUCUUUGCUACUGCCACUGCUCCAUCUCCGGCUUCUAAUGAUUUACAGAAAUGCACGGCAAAGGUUACGGCAUGCCAUCAUCGCAUGCUCAAUUUGUGACGUUCUUCUCGCUGUCACUUUCCUUGUGGUUGCUCUUCCGACAUGUGCCCACCUCAAGCACAAGCUACUCACCAUCCACGUUCUCCGAGAGAAUUUUCUUGUCUCUGCUGGCGUGUGUUGGUGCCAGUGCUGUGGCUGCAAGUCGUGUAUAUCUCAACUAUCACACUCCGAAGCAAGUCUUAGUGGGUGUAGCCGCCGGCGCCAUCUUCGCUGUUUUUUGGUUCGUUUUUACGACUUAUCUGAGAAGAUUCGGUUGGAUCGAUUGGGCAUUGGAGACAUGGAUAUCGCGUAGAUUUCGAUUUCGGGAUCUAAUCACCACCGAGGAUAUUCAAGACGCCGGCUGGGGUCGUUGGGAAACGCGUCGAAAAGCGAAGCGAACAACCGGGACAAAUGAUAUGGGCAAAAAGAGCAGAUGAGAUUGCGUCCAAAGGGAUUAUUGAUUCCUCCCCUUGUAGACUACUAGCGGUCUUUGAAUCUGUCAGUCACAUACACUCACUUGGUAGACAGUAGAGAGCGUGGGCUUCAUGACCGGGACAAAGAGAUUGAUGUCAUUUCGAUCAAGUACUGUAGGAGUACAGCCUUGCAACCCAACGAAAAGCCCUCGAAUGGACCCCUGGCGCCCCCUGAGAAGGUGAAGUGUACUCGUGCUGAACUAGAACCUGUCGAGUCACUGUCACACUCCUGGAUCGAAUACUUGUGCACACGUGUCUGCACUCAUUCCACGGUACAGGGAACGAGUGCGUGAUAGUACAUUCCAAAGGCUUCUUGGUCGAGGGAGUGAUCAGCCGGCACCAAACCAGGAUUUUUAUGCGUAGUAUGUAUUAUAUACCUGUCAGAAUCAGGGCAGAACAGCUGGCUUUAUCAAGCUUUUUGGCAAUUGAUUUGUGGCUGACCUGAACCCUGGCAACAUAUGUAAAAGGACAAGUCGUCGUACUCGGACGUAUGUGCACGCGAGCCUUGGUUUGAAAAUAUAUUUGUCUGACGUGAAAGAAUAUGAACGAGUCAGGCUCAGAUUGUAUGUAGAUACGAGGAAAAUCGCUUUGUCAGACACA